GUAUUGACAACUGAACAUAGGUUGACUCAGCCACCCAAAUCUCUCCCUUUAAAUUCAACCCUCACUCCUUCACUUCCUUGGCUCUCCUAUCCCCUUUCCUUUUGCUCCAAUAGGAGAGGACACUCAAAGCCUCCGAUCCCCUCCCAAAAAAAAAUAUGAGAUAUACACUAGUUAGCUUUCCCACCCAAAACAACAUGCUUUUCUUCAUCGUCUUAUUCCUCAGCUGCGUAACCAUUAAAAUCAACCUCUGCUUUUCCGGCAUUCCUUCUUCACUAAAAACACUUCCCAUUCAUGGACAUUUCAACUUCGAGCAAGUCGAGCAUGCAGCUAAAGAUUUUGGCAAUCGAUAUAGUUUCCUCCCUUUGGCAGUUCUACACCCCAAGUCGGUUUCGGAUAUUGCCACCACAGUGAAGCAUAUUUGGCAGAUGGGUGGUGUUUCAGAACUCAGAGUAGCAGCUAGAGGGCAUGGCCACUCGCUCCAGGGGCAGGCGCAAGCCCAUCGGGGAGUAGUGAUCAAUAUGGAAUCACUCCAAGGCCCACAAAUGAAGGUUCACACUGGAAACUUCCCCUAUGUGGAUGUGUCGGGUGGUGAGCUAUGGAUAAAUAUCCUGCGUGAAAGCCUCAAACAUGGGUUAGCACCAAAAUCUUGGACAGACUACCUACAUUUAACGGUCGGCGGUACUCUGUCCAAUGCCGGGAUCAGUGGACAGGCAUUUCGGCAUGGACCUCAGAUCAGUAAUGUUUACCAGCUGGAAGUUGUUACAGGGAAAGGGGAAGUGGUGAAUUGCUCAGAGAAGCAGAACAGCGAUUUGUUUUACAGCGUUCUUGGAGGACUGGGUCAGUUUGGCAUCAUAACACGGGCAAGAAUAUCGCUGGAACCAGCAGCUGAAAUGGUCAAAUGGAUUAGGGUGCUGUACACAGAUUUUGCCACAUUUGCUAGGGACCAAGAGAAGUUAAUAUCUGGAGAAAGCGCAUUUGACUAUAUCGAAGGAUUUGUGAUAAUAAACAGGACCGGUCUCUUGAAUAACUGGAGAUCAUCAUUCAGCCCACAAGAUCCAGUUCAAGCCAGCCAAUUCAAGUCAGAUGGAAGGACUCUCUUCUGUCUCGAAUUGGCAAAGUACUUUAACCCUGAACAAAUGGCACUAGUAAAUCAGGAAAUAAAGAGCUCAUUAUCUCAGUUAAACCAUAUUCCAUCCACCCUUUUCUUAUCAGAAGUUCCAUACAUAGAGUUUUUAGACAGAGUUCACAUUUCGGAGAUCAAACUCCGGUCAAGAGGCUUGUGGGACGUUCCACAUCCAUGGCUCAAUCUCCUCAUCCCCAGAAGUAAAAUCCACAGCUUUGCUCAGCAAGUUUUUGGCAAUAUACAUACGGAUACAAGCAGUGGCCCCAUCCUCAUCUACCCGCUUAACAAAUCAAAAUGGGACAAUAGAACAUCUGUUGUUACACCAGAAGAAGAUGUUUUCUAUUUAGUGGCAUUCCUAUCUUCUGCAGUACCUUCUUCAACAGGAAGUGAUGGGUUAGAGCAGAUCUUAAUUCGGAACCAAAGAAUUUUAGACUUCUGCGAGAUAGCUGGCCUUGGGGUAAAGCAAUAUCUGCCUCACUAUUCUACACAAGAGGAAUGGAAAUCCCAUUUUGGUGUGUAUUGGGAAGCUUUCAUCCAGAGAAAAUCCACAUACGACCCCUUGGCAAUACUUGCACCGGGCCAAAGAAUUUUUCAAAAACCAGUAGCCUACUCAUGAUAACAUCAUCUUAUUAUAAAUUUUGUAUCAUCUAAAAGUCGGGAGGGAAAAGAAAGCUCUGCAGCAUGCAGGCAAAUGUGCUGCAAAUUCAGGCUACCGGUGCCUCUCAAAUAUCGUGAGCACAAUGAGGAGGAUUAAGACUAGUACAACUUUAAUUUUUUCAGACAAAAAGGCCAACCAUAUCAUAUUUUAAUUGUUGACUAGAGUUGUAAGAGGCACUGGACAUAAAUCAGUGCCCUGACAAGGGGAUGUAAAUACUGAAUUUGCCAGAUAGCGGCUCAUUAUUUUCUCUACUAAGUCCAAUUACUAAUUCAA